CAUAGCAUAUGCCAGAACUGAUUUUGCCAUCCAAAUUCCUGUUUGAACAUUUAUAUCACACAUUAAGUUUUCUUCUUUUUAUUUGAUGAAAGGUAUCAAUAGACCAUUAGUAUUUGUUGUAUUAGCUGUCUUUCUUGUUUUUGCGUUGUCAUACUCUGCUAAAUCAUCUUCAUCAAAAGUUCUCAAAGUUACUUCCAACCCCACCGUUGCAAAUUCCGAUUUAUUAACAAAUUCCAUUGUCAAUCCAACAUCUGAAAUGUCUUCUACAAGUGAUCUUAAAUCAUACAUUAUUACCUUAAAGGAUUCUGUAUCUGAUGCAGAUAUUAAUGCCUUACAUUCUAAGGUUAAGGAAUUAGGUGGUCAAAUUACUACUCAAUAUACUUUAAUUAAGGGAUUUGUAGCAAAGUUACCACCUAUCCACAUUUCCUCUUUUGAAGGUCAUGAUCAUGUUGCUACUGUUGAAGAAGACCAAGAAGUUAAGAUUCAAUAAAUUAUUAGAAACUAAAUGGGUUACAAUUUAGACUACUAAAUGUAUACUAGGUAUUGUUAUUAGUUACUAGUUAAUACUUGCUUUACUUAAUUGCCCUCCUUGACGGAAUGGCAAUCUCUUAUCUUUUUUUGCUCAUUUAGAGCGGACAUAUUGUUCCUAUUAUUAUUAUAUAAUAUUUAUAUAGCUUUUUUGAAUAAUUAAAUAUAAUAACCACUAUAAUUAUAAUACCACAGCUAGCUUUAGCUAUGUAAAUUCAAAUUUCACUCACUCUAGGCUUAGUAAAGUACUUUGUCUUCCUCCUCAUUAUAAAUGUAUU